UAGUUUAGUUGCACAAGUUUAAACGAAUUUUCAAUGAUUUAAAACGAAUUUCAAGCUAAACUUAAUCAAAUGUGAUUUAUUUUAAAUGAUUAACGAAAAUGGAUCAAUUGAAAAUCGGUGAAAAGUUGUCACAUCAAAUGAGCAUUCAGUUUUUGUUGGAUGAAUUGUGUAAAAGUAUUUACAAAGAUGUGAAUGCAUCGAAAGAUGUAAUUGCGCAUAGUUUUUGCCAGCCAUCUGGUCCACAAAAGUAUGAAAUCAUCUCCGAGGACCUAUUGAAAAAAUGUCGAAAAAAAUCAUUCGAAAUUUUAUUGAAAAAAUCAAAUGUAAAAUCAAUAUCUGCAAAUCGGUCGAUAUCAAUAGAUGAAGGUUUUUCGGAUGCCAUUGAUCCAGUGCGUGAGCUGAAAUACAGUCAAUUUGAGUACAGUAUUUUUGUUGGUGAGAUGCGACCAAAUUUCGGACCCUACGGUUUAAUCAAUGAUCGGCUAGAGAAGAAGAUUUUGGAAAAACAUGAUUUGUUCCAAGAAUGUGUUCGAUUUGUCGAUGGCAACGACUAUUUUUGCCAUGAACAAAAUGAUGGUUAUUCGAUUCUGUGGUUUCUUACAUUGCUAAAAAAUGAAAGCAAAAUCGAUACAUUGUUGACAAUUGAGUCGUAUUUUCCACUUGCAAUCGAUCAACUAUCAUCGAUUCCAGCGAGGCAACCGAAGUACUUCAAAUUAAAUUGGCAACCGAGUGUUGAACUCCAGAAAAAUCCAUACUGUAACGCAAUGAGAAAAUUGAACCGAAGGACAAAACAAUUUCAAUUGCCUGCAAUAAUGAACGAAACAAUAAAACAUUCGAUUGCCCAAAUUCAACCGAAUUUGGUUGAGGAAGUAUUGGAAAAAGUAAGAAGUCGAAUUCGUCCGAGCAAUAUUUACUACGAAGCAAAUCGAUGGGAACAUCAAGGUUUACGAAUACCAUUGAACAAAGACACCGAUCCAGUGCUCAUUGCAUCAUUAUGCGAAAAGAAAUUUUGCACCGAAUUACCAGACGCAUCGUUGAAUUUGAUGGCAUUAACAGCGGCCAAACAAAAACAACACUUUCGCGUGAGCAUCAUUGAUAGCAAACGAUUUAAUGAACAUAUCAAAUUGCUGUUGAUCGGCAUUGAAUCCGAAUCAUUUGUAUACGAUGCAAACACCAUGACAUUUAGCUUACUUGAAAAUUUAACCAUCGAAAAUAUAAUGCCCGAAACAAUUGCACAUUUUGUAUUGGAUUUCAUCGAAUGUGGUGCAUGCUAUAAAAGGCUAAAAUCACUAAUUGGUACGAAUAAUUUUCAACUGAAAUACAAUGGAUUUGUAUUCAAGGCUCUGUGUUCAAGUUUGGAUAGAUAUUUGGAAACAUUGAGAAGUGCUGUCAUUUUUGAGAAAGAAGAAACAAUUUGUGAGCUAUUAGUUCGAGUAUCGCCACUGAUUAAACAAGUUAGAAUUUUGGCCAAAUUGCUGGCCGUCCAUCCAAGUGAUGUUGGUCGAGAAAUAUCGUAUGGUUCGGAUUUUCUCGGAUACUUGUAUACACAAAUCAACGACGUGACACAACAGGAUGUAUACGCUUUGCUGGUGUUCAUUUUAUCUCAAUGCUGUGAUGUUUAUUUUAGACGUUUCUCCAAUUGGAUUUAUCAUGGAAGCGUCGAAAAUUCGGGCCAAGAGCUCUUCAUUGAGUUCGUAAACUACUAUCUACCAAAAACGAAGCCAUUCUUUGACAAAGCUUUUGUGAUCAAGCAAACUUCAGUGCCAGGUUUCCUACUGGGAUGGGAACACUCAAUACUGUCAUGCGGCAAAUACUCAAAUCUCUUAAAAAUUUAUAAUCCAAUGCAUCCAUUGCUAUCAAUAACACCACCCCAAAUCACAGUUUGUUUGUCAUUCGCUCAAAUUCGUGCCGUGGAAGCGGAAUGCCAAAGAUAUGAAUUAAUGGCUCAAUCGGUUUGCGGUCGGCCAUUCAAACUUGAAGAUUUAUUGAAGCGUGAUCGGGAGAAGCGUCAUAAAUUAGUACAAUUGAUGGCCAACCGAUCAAAAUUAAUUGUAGAGCAAUGGAAAGAGGAUAAAAAAGCGGAAGCAAUCAAAAAGCAUGAAAAAUGUGAAAAAGAUCGCCUAGAAUUGAUGCAACAAAUCGAAGAAAUUCGUGAACGAAAGUUACGAAAGCGGCGUGCAGAAGUGGAAGCCGAUCGUGAAUAUUUGCGUCAGGGUGAAUUUGCCGAAUUGGAACUAUUAGAACGAGAGAAUGAACAACGCAGGAAAAACAUCGAAUACUAUACUGAACUCGCUAAAAUUAUCGACGCACAACAGAAACGAACCGACACCGAAAUCGAGUCUCUGAAAUUGAAAAUAUCGUCCAAACCUGAUGACCUUCAUCCGGAUGAUACGGAGAAUACGUUGGUAAACUUCGACACAGAGGCAAUGGAAAGUGAAGAUUCCGAUGCAGAAUCCGUUUAUUUUGAUGCCGACAAGAGCAUGACAUCAAGCACAUCAAGUAAAGCAUUUCAAUCGCCGGAGAUUAUGCAAACACCUGAAAUGAUUCGUACACCAGAUAUGAUACGAGUCACUUUACCCCGAAGUACAUCUGACUUGAUCAAUUCAAAUGUGGUUGAUACAUUGGCAAUAGAUCGAGCAAGAAAUCGAGCAAAUGUUCUGAAUUCAAACAUCGACUUGGCGGCAAGCGAUGAAGUCACACAAAGGGUGAAUAUGGCGAACGCGCCAUUGACAGAUGCUCAAAAGAAUAAAUUGAAAAUGUUGCAACAAGAAUUUGGCUUGGUCGAUGCGAAUGCAAAUGCCGCACAAGUGACAAUUUUAGCACCGGUCGUAAUGACCGAACUACAGAAAAAUCGUAAUAAAGUGUUAGCAUCCGAAUUUGGCAUUACAGAAGCUGUUGUAAAUAUAGCGGCCGAGACUCGUGGCACGAGUGGCAAUGAUGAUUUCAAUCGAAUUAAAAAAUUAGCGCAAGGACACAAGCACACCUUCGCACAGCUUGAUGAACUAAAUGCAAAUAAACCGAUGUCAGAUUUGCAAAUCAAUCGACAAAAAGUGUUGGCACAAGAAUAUGGAAUAAAUGUGACAGAUACACGAACAACGAAUGAAACAUCGAUUCGAAAUAAAUUGAAAGCAAGUCUCAGCUUGGAUUUGGACAAUGCACAAUUGGGACGAUCAAAUUUAUUAUCGCCAAAACCAUGCCAAAGUGAUUUCAUCGUUUCACCAAUGUCAACCACGUCUGAUGAACUAAUGGCGUGUUCGAUGACCGAACCAUAUCUUGAUAAAUCUUCCAGUAAAAUGAGCGACGAAAAAACUCAAUUGAAAUUAGAUUGUGCGAUUGCACAAGAUAAUCAAGUAAAUUUCGAGCAAUUUUCAGCUGAUGUUGAUAAUCGACCGACUCCGUUGAGCGCAUUGAAUACGGCCGGCAUCGAAAGAAAUAACGGUGAAUUUGAAUUUAAUAUGCCAUACAAAAGUCAACCAACAUUUUCUGAAAUUUUGCGCCCAUCGUCCGGUUCAAGUAGCAUUUUUGAUAUUUCAUCACGAUUGAGUGCAACCCGAAACAGCAAAGCAACACCACCAUCACCAAUCAAUCAAUCGUCGAAAUCGCUAUCGAAAACCGAACUACAACACCUGAGCUCAGGCAACUUGGCCUUUUUUCUGGAACAAUCAUUCACCAUUCCACUUCAAAUCUAUUCUAACAUCCUUAACAAUGAAAUUCUAAAAAUAUUCUUCCAUGAUCUUGACAUAUUGUCGCACUUUGAAUGUUUCCGCAACUAUUAUUUUAUGAUGGACGGAGAAUUUGCGAGCAAUAUUUGUGAUGGAUUACUAAAUAAAUUGAAAACUGUACAGAAACCAAGCGAACUCCUCAGUCCGUACGCAUUACAAGCCAUAUUGGAGAAUGCACUACAAUCGAGCUGCGGUGGCACGAAUAAAAAUGCCGAGUAUUUAUCAUUUUGCAUUCCAAAGAUUCCCGAUAAAUUUGACCUCGCUUCGCCGAACGUAUUUAGCGAACUUCAUCUGAGCUAUACAGUUGCACAAGAGUGGCCGCUAAAUCUGUUGCUAAGCAAUGAGGCCAUCGAUCAUUAUGAUAAAGUAUUCCAACAUCUUCUCAAAUUGAGACGCAUUACAUGGCUGCUUGAUGAAUGUUUUUAUAAAUUAAAGGACAUUCGAAAGCAAUCGGCUGAAAAGAUUCAAUUGUCGUCACAAUUUCGACAUGUACAGCAUAUACGCCAUAAAUUACUUUGUUUUAUCAAUUCACUGCAGAAUCAUAAUAUAUCAGUUGCGAUUGAAGGUUCGUGGCACAAAUUUCAAGAUGAUCUAAGAACCGUAAAAUCAAUGGAAGAUCUGUACAAAAAACACACCAAAUACUUAAAACGUGUCAAAUUCUUGUGCAUGCUGAAUCGAAGUAGCAAUGAGUUUUAUGUGAAAAUUGAGGAUAUUUUUGUGGUUAUUCUUCGAUUUUGCAAUAAACUUCAAUCGAAGAAUUGGAAAUGUGAUAACCAUGGAGUGUAUUCACAUCCAAAUUAUGAUAAAUUAAUACAGAUCGAGGAAGACUUCACGAAUCUCAUCAAGUACAUCAUUUAUGCGGGCAAAAAAAUGUCACAAUGUGGUUAUCAGGCUGAAAUAGCCGAAUUCAUUUACAUGAUCAACAUAAACGGCUUCUACGAUUAAUACUAAUACACAAUAAGGUUACUGACCCUUAAAAAUACGCAUAUCUCAAAUUUUUGUGAAAAUGUACCAUAUUUCAACUAAUUUAAACUUUGUUGUGUAGAAAAAAUUAAAACAAAAAAUGUUGUUUGUUAAUAAAAUUUGCUAAACGCACCUAUUGAAUGAAAA